GCAUGUCGCGAAUUUAUCGACGAGAGCAGUGGUUUUCUCUCGGACCAGCGCGCCAGGAGACGACAGUCGCUCAACGCCACCUCACAUCGCAUCCGGUGUUACUCCGACAUUUAAUUUUAUUGUUCCCAAAAUUUAGUGACGAUGUUACUAAUUUCCUUUACCGCGUUAUCCGCGGUGCUAAUCGUUUGUGAGAGCAUCCCAUCACCUACGAAUAAUAAGGAUGGCGGUCCAAUUGGUGAACUACCAGAAAAUUGGGACCAGACCAAAGACGACACACAGUCUCUAUUUCUCAACAAGAGCGACAAAAAUGAUCUGGAGCCGUAUCCACUCGCUCUCAGCGAAGAAGGCAAUGCUGAAGGAUUUGAACAAGGAGUUGAACAACGUUACGACUCUGCAGCAUCAAAUGGAGAACUUGACAAUCUCAUCGUAAGGCCUGAACUGUAUGGAGAGCCUCCAGCGAUGGAAGGAUUGUCUUCGGGUUACGAUGUCGCCCGAAGACGCAAACGCGGCAGCGGUACCAAGGUUGGUGGAGCUGGAGCUGCGACCAAAGUAGCUACCAAGAAUGGUUCUGGGAAAAAGAACUUAAAGCCUGAAGAACAUAACGCGCCAUCUCCAAUUGAUUCAGCUUCACAUGAUCAAGAAGCGCAUCGCCGUAAACGUGGAAGUGGCACAAAGGUAGGCGGCGCAGCUGCCUCUGCCAAAACUGCCACCAAAAACUCCGGAGGAAACAAGAAAAACUUCAGUCCAAUCAUGGAACGCCGUAAACGUGACUCCAGUCUAAGCGCUGCUGACGUCCGAGCUCUCCUCAACUUGUGGGAAGCCCAAGAGCGCAGGAAACAAGAAUGGACCGCCAACCAGUGGGCAGCUGAUCGUUACUAUGGCCGCGUCAGCCCCGUCGAGGAUGACCAACCCGAGGUAGAUGAAAAUGGUGACAUAUGGUACAAUGAACCCGUACUUGUCGGUGCCCGCGAACGUGACUACCCUCACCACUCGUACUUCUCCGAACAGAACCGCAUGGCUUUAGCCCGAGGCUUUCCAGAAAUGUACCAAGCCGACCCCAAUGAGCUCGCUCAAAGGUACGAAGAAGCGCGUCGUAAAAGGCAAUAUGCUAACAAGGCAAAACGAUUCAUGGUCGCCAGGAAACGAUCCGAUGGCAUGAUGCACCAAAACAACUACAGGCCCAGGGAUGACCUAUACACUUUAGCCGAGCUACUGCGCUCUGCGCCCCGCGUCCAGGAGCAAGACAUGCCUGUGUACCGGCGACUGAUACUUUAAAGUCUUCUUAGAAGUGAGGUGUCCAUUGGAUGAUCCCUGUGAGCCACCAUCUCUACUACAACAUCUCUCCUUUCAAGAACUCGUUAUAGGGAUCUCCACAACUAAUGGGCGUUAACAUGGCAUAAUUUGGGGCGGGAGAUUGUCGUGCAUUCAAUUCGCAGUGUGUAUCGGAUACCUACCAACUUAGAAAUAGUGGAGUUAGAUAAUAACGCCAUUUUAAGACGUCAUCUAUACGUGCUUCAGUUUAGUUGAUGAAAAAUGUGGUAAGGCCUAAAUUUUUCUCAUACAAAACCUGAUUUUUUUAAAAUUGUUUAUCCCAUUUCCUACCUCAGUUCAUUGCAUAUCUGUCAAAUCUCACAAAAUAUGUAUUAUUAUAAUCAACUUCUAGAUAGAUAUAAAUGUCUAGUUUCGCUGAAUAUAAAUAGUUUAAGUGAAGUUAAACUUCGCAUUUUAUUAUAAUACAUUAUGUAUUAGUGUUAGAUUUAUGUGUAAAUGGUAAAUGCUGUAUUAAAUUAGUAUUAUCUUAUUAA